GUUAGAAAUAAAUUCCAAGUCCUUUGCUUGUGAAAGAUGGAUCCUGAGCACAGAAAACAAGGAUUGCAGAGCAGCCACUGUCCUUAUGGUCCCCAAAGGUGGAGCAGGGAAACGCUAAUCCCUGCGCAGCCUCGUCACCAAGAGGAUUAGGCAGGAGUUCAUCUGGGCCGAGGGUUGUCACCGGGCAGGACAGGAGGCAGCGCAUGGCUGGGUGGCGAGCUGGGACAGGCACUGGCGUGUGGUGGCACCGGGCGGCUGCCACACAACCCUCCAUUGCAGAGAGCGAGGCGUCGGCUCCGGGCCUGCAGGGCCGUCCCCUCCGAGUCCUGCUCCCGGGGGUGCCAUGGGCCGGCGGCGCAGCCCCCCGGGGCCGUGGUGGGGGCGGCCCCUGCGCUCCGGGUGCUGGUGGCUGCUGUGGCUCUGCGGGACGGCGCUGCGGGGGCUGCGCUGGCUCUGGAGGCUCACCUGGGUCCUGCUGAUCUGCUACAAGAGCUGCUGGGACAGUGCCUUCCAGGUCACAGAGGAGCUCGGAACAUCUCUGCAGCUGAGGCUGGAGGGGAGCGAGGAGGAGGAGGAGGAGAAUGGGAGCUCCGAUUCUGCGCUGGAGCCUGGGCAGCCAGUGGCGCAGUGGCAGGGGCAUGGGGAUGCCAGUGAGGCCGUGCUGGAGAGGCUGGAGGGGCUGGAGGCCGACGUCCGCUUCCUCUGCACGGAGCUGGGGGCAGAGAAGCUGCUGUGGAGCAGCCGGUUCCUGGAGCUGCUGCGGGAACAACAGAGCCUUCGCCAGCGGGUGAGUGCCCCGUGGGGUCCCAGCCCCCCCAGCCCCCUCUGGCACCCCAGCCCGUCACACCCUGUCCCAGCUGCAGGAGCUGCCAUGGCAAUGGAACCGCAGCGACAGCCCCGAGCUGCUGGGGGAAGUGGAGGAUCAAAGUGCCAGUGGGAGCGAGGGAGAGAGCCCAGAAGGACACCGGUGGACAGAGCCACUGUGGCAACCACGCGGCACCACCCAGCCUGAUGGCAGGAAACAUAAGUGAAGGUGUGAGCAGGGCAUCAGCGAGUCACCAAGGAGCCACACGUCCCUCCCUGCCCAGGCUGCUCAGGACACAGGCCAGGAUGGUGCAGUCCCAGCUGUGUCGCCGUGUCCCUGUAUGUGCCUCCACCCGUCGGUGCCAGCCAGGCCUGGCCCCAUCCAGCAGAACUGCAGCCAUUCCUUAGGAGCAGGGACCAGCCGAGGGGCAGGUCCGGGUGAGCUGCUGGCCCUGGGGCUGCCCCAGGAGGAGUCACAGCCACCCCCUGCCCAGGGCCACCCCAGGGCUGACUGUGCCCUGGUGGGGCUGGCUCUGGUGGAGCCCACUGAAGAGCAUCCUCCUGAUCUACUGCACCUUGUUGGGAGGUUCCGGGAACAAGGAGUCUGCUCACCAGUGGCCGCAGACACUUUGCACAAGCUGGAGCUGCUGGAGCAAUGGAUUGCAAAACUCCCCCCUUGACUUCCUCAUGGGCCAGACCCGGCCCCUCCGUCAGCAGCUCUGCACGUGCUGCAGGGCCGGGCCAGCUCUCGUGACAGCGGCUCCCCCUCAUCCCCCAGAUGAUGAGCCCUGGGAGCUCUGGUCCCCUUCGGAGCAGGGCUGAGGGGCCUCCCCGUGCCCAGGAGUGGCUGAGCACAGAGGGGCUGUGUCCUGCCCCCCACCCCGGGGUCCCC